CGAUACCAGUAAAGCGAGGGAAAGUGUAAAUUAAAAAUAGAUAUUUAUGAGUUGAUUAAGUGUAUCAAAAUUGUUAUUCCUAACAUUGGCCCAUGAUUCCCAAAGAAAUUAUUAGAAGGAUUUCGAUUGCCCGUCAAAAUAUUGAAAAAAACUAAGACUGUAUUUGAAAGUCUAUUGUGAAGCCUACGGACAAAAAUUUUUUCUUGUAAUUCCAACAAACAGCGGAAAAUCACUUAUCAUUGGAUCAACGAAAGAUGAACAUUUUCGCCCCUCAUUCAACUCUAUAUUAUCCGAAGAUUUUUAUAUUUGCUGUUGAAAAAUAUCUCUUGUUAUCGUGAAACAAUUUGCUGAAUAAAUUACUGUUACUUUUGAUUAAGCCCGGGAGAACUUCAAGGGUACCAAUCAUCAUCAUUACAGCCACAACCACAUCAUCAUCAUAUUGUUAAAACCUUUGGCAAUCUUGCAUUGGAUUUAAUUUCACUUCAAUUGAGAGUGUAAUUGAGCAUUCACAUUUUAACAUCAACAAACUCGUCAAAUCAUUCUCAAAUCAAAAAGCAAUCAAUCAGUGAAGUGAAAAUAGACGUUAAGGUAUCAAAAAACAUCUAUUUUCAUCUUGUUCAUUAGCGAGUGAAAAAAGUGUAACAGUGUUAAAACACUUCUUGACAUUCAUCAUUUCCUAGUAUUCAUUUAACUAUUACGUUUUAUUUUUUCAAUUUCUCAGUGUUAACCAUGAUUUGGUAUAUUACUCUAUUCAUAUCUGUUUGGAUGAUUAAUCCAAGUGAUUGUUUGGCCAGUAAAUCCUGUUCUCCUUCUUGUUUCACCUCCGUCUUCAGUUUGGCCAAUGACACCCGUAAAAGUGAAUGCGCUUCCAGAGUCAACUGUCUAGCCCAAGCAACCUUUCAUGUUAUCCAGCGUGGUUCCUUUGAAGAAGAAGUCAAUAUAACUGUGGUUGGUUAUGGAUUAAAGCAUGGUGUUGAGCGAACAAUCGCAUUCACACUCAACAAUACACAUGAACAGAUUGAAUAUCUGUGCCAAAUGACUGGACAAGGCAAACUUCAAGCAAUGGUUAUCCAAGGAUCCAAAUCAAACUUUCCAACAAACGAAGUUCGAAAUGUCAGUGGAGCAUUAAUCUGCCAAUGGACUUUUGGUAAAGAUGACUACAAAUGGCCUACACAUGCCAACUAUUCAAAAAUUAACUUGCUAGAAGCCAGGAACUACCAGAUAUCUCUGAGAUCGGAUAAUGUAACCAAAGUCGUCGCACGCGAUCUUUCAAAGCUACCAAUCUAUCGAAUGAAUUUCCUUCGAUGCUGCUACAAACCUCACGGUGGACUGAAUUACCUCUUUAUUAGCAACCAAACCACUCACGACACCAACUUUUACCUUCAAGCCUUUCCUCCCAUUCCUAAAACCAUGCAAGUUAACCUAGUGAACCCAAAAGGGGGUGAAUUUAGGAUCAUCUGUAACUCAUCAAACGCCUUCAAUGCUUCAGUUAAAGUUGGAUCUCGAUGGGCACCCAUGAGAGACUUGCGUUUCUAUGAGAUUGUGAAAAGAGAAGCACCUUUCCCUGAUUUCCGUUGUGUUUGGUCUCAGCCUUUAAAGCUCGUUGAGUCAAGUGGAUCCAUUGAUACACGCAAUGGCAGAUAUAAUCUGGAAAUUAUGUCCGACGGAAAGUCAACUUAUCGAGAACCAACAAUUGGCUUACAUGGCGCUUCUCAUUCGUUAUUUGCUAGUUUCACUUUGAUUUUAAUUUCCGUACUCUUCCAUCUGCUUGUGUGAUUAAUAAUUUUAUGUUCGUCAUAAAAUAUUUAUUUGAUUGCUCCAGGUGAACCAAUUAAUCUAUCAGACAGGUAAACAUGAUUUACUUGUGUGCAAUUCAACUUUUCUCAAAAUUGUUUCAUUAUUACCUGAAAGCUGUAAAAAGUCAACCAUAAUUAUACAGACAGAAACCAAAAAAAAAGGGCAGCAAAAGGUGCCAUUAAGUCUUUAGCAUUAUCAAUGAUUCACAAUGAUUAUUCAAUAUGCUCAUUAACCUUAGAUAUAAACUGUUUCCACGCCCGAUUAUCAUGUAUAUUAAUAGACUUUCAAUGUAAUUUAAUGUACAGCCCAUGAAUAUUGACACUAAUUGACACUGUUAAUUCAAAUGAAGAAUGGUAAUCAAACAAAACAAAAAAUGAAAUGUCAACAAACCAAACGUUGACAGUUGAUUGAAAAAAUGAGAUUAAAUCAAAUGAAUUGUGAAUAAAAAACGUGACAACAAAUUUCAAUCAUUCAUUAAUUUUCAAUAAAAACUGGAAAGAUAUUUUGAUUAUCAGGCAAACAAAACACUGAACAUUUAAUGAACCGAGCAAAAUACAAAAUUUAAAACAUUGAUCAGCAAAAAGACUGUUGCAUUAAAAAAUCAAUAGAUGUCGUUACAACACCAACAAUCGACCCAAUAGUUUCAAUUAAAUUAACAAUUGAUUAAAUCCAUCAACUCUGUAACAAUGACAAUAAUUUAUUAAAACAUUCAUUAAAGUUAA